CCGGAGAGGGCGCGUCACGGAGUCGGGCGCCGCACUCGGCGCGCCACUGACGCGGGGGGGCCCUCUGCUGGGCGGAAAAAAGGACGCGAGGCCGAGGCUGGGCGGAAGGGAAGGACGGUCUCUCGCUUAACCGAGCCCGCCUCCUCCUCCUCCUCCUCCCCACGACGGCUCUCGGUCCCUCCCAAGCGGGGCUCGCCUCAGCCGAGUGCGGAAGGAAGGCGGGCGGGCGUUUUCUCUCGGGCCGCGGAAGCUGCUUCCUGGUCACCUGAGGAGCGAGAAGGAGCCCCGGAGCGCGACGGGGGAUCGCCGCCGGGCCGCUGCCAUGGCUUCACUUUUCAAGAAGAAAACCGUGGAUGAUAUAAUUAAAGAGCAGAAUAAAGAGCUAAGAGGUACACAGAGGGCUAUAGUAAGAGAUCGAGCAGCUUUGGAGAGACAAGAAAAGCAACUGGAGUUGGAAAUUAAGAAAAUGGCUAAGACUGGAAACAAGGAAGCCUGUAAGGUGCUAGCAAAACAGCUAGUGCAGCUGAGGAAGCAGAAAACUCGGACAUAUGCGGUUAGUUCAAAAGUUACAUCUAUGUCAACUCAGACGAAACUAAUGAACUCCCAAAUGAAGAUGGCAGGAGCAAUGUCUACAACAGCAAAGACAAUGCAGGCGGUUAAUAAAAAAAUGGAUCCUCAAAAGACAUUGCAAACUAUGCAGAACUUCCAGAAAGAGAACAUGAAAAUGGAGAUGACUGAGGAAAUGAUCAAUGAUACCCUAGAUGACAUCUUUAAUGAUUCUGAUGAAGAACAGGAAAGUCAGGAUAUUGUGAACCAAGUCCUUGAUGAGAACAUAAUUGAAAUAUCUGGAAAGAUGGCCAAGGCUCCUUCAGCUGCUAGAGGCAUGCCAUCUGCAUCUACAUCACAAAGUGCCACAAUUUCAGAUGAAGAGAUUGAACGGCAACUCAAAGCUCUGGGAGUAGAUUAACCGCAUGGUGACAUGCAGUCUGCCUUAUGCAGUUACUUCAGUGUCAGCAUGCAUGUGAACCUCCGAUGCAGGUUUCAAUAAAAACCAAAUUCCCUUGCAAAUCCUGCCUAAGCCAUUAAGUGUGACCAUAAACUGUAGAGGCAGCUGAGAAAAAAUAUAUAGUUAUUAUUGAAAGAACAAUACAAAGUAUGUGUGGAUUUGUGAACACAGAAUUUGUAUACUGUGACUAAAUUUGGAUCGACAGCAAACAGGCAUGUCUGUUACAUGUGGUCUAAAUUUGGAUGUGUUGUGUUUUUACUCUCCAAAAACAUUUUGCUGGAAGAAUUCUCCUUUUCCUUUCUGUUUCUAACAUUUUAAGUUAUUGCAAGCAGCAAGGUGUUUUAUUUAUGUGUCCAUUGCAAAUACACUAAGACUUCUUAAUUUAGGGUAUGACGUAAAUGAAAUUUCACUUUCACCUGGAAGGUGGCAGCCGUUGUCUUCAAGUAAAGGACAGAUAAAAGUUUUGAUAGCCUUUCAUUAAGCGCCUUUAAAUAAAGGAAUUCUUGACUCAACCUUGUGUUAAAAUACGUGUGCAUUUCUGGUAUUACCUAAGAUUUGAAUACAGUACAGCUGUCCAACUCCUGGAAGCAAGGUAUUUUAUGUUAGGAAAAUUCAUUGUAAGAAAGGUACUGAAAACUUCCAUUGUACUGUAUCAAAACUAACUUGAAGAGAAGCCUGUGCCUUUGUGUACAUAGACCUUGGUUUCUUUUAAUUAAGCUUUGAAUUGCGAAAAAAGUAAUGUCAAGCCAUUAUCUCAAUCUACAUAGCACUGAUAGUUAUGUAAAUCCAGCUGCAGUUGCUGCUACCAAGUAUGUAAAAGAUUUCAGUACCUGGAAAUAGCAUUUUCUUUUCAUGAAAUAGGAUUUGUACAUACUGCUAUGCGGUAUUUUUCCUAGAUAAAGUGUUGUUUUUGAAAAUAUACUUCACUGUCCAAUGUAGUCUGUAUGUUCUGUGUUAAAUCCAGUUCUAACACAUUUUCAGAAAAUGGCAUAUUUGAUGUUAAUGGCUUUAUCUGGAUUUAAAAUUGCACCUAAUAUAGUCAAAUAGUGGAUAUCUUGAUGUGUUAAGGGUGUAGCAAGAUUACAGCACAACCUUCUUCACAGCUGUGGAACUGACACUGGUCAUGUAAAUACAAAUAAAGAAGAUGACUGCUGAUUGUUAAAGAAUGGGACAAAGCAAUUACUAUGGCUGUAUCACCUGAUCAUGUACUGCAUUAGGAGUAGAGCAUUAUCAGUAAUAUUUGUGAGUCCAGAUCUCCAUUUUAAAAUGCAAGUAUGAUUUUUCUGCUUAAAUGUGGGGUCAGAGGAUCUCAUGUGCAAAAAUAAUUAGAUUUUGUAAUGAUAUUAAAAAACUUUAUAUGGCGCUGUGGCUACUUUGGGUAAGUUUUUCUUUCUAUGAAUUUUGUAAAAAAAAUCAAAUAAAUUCCUUUAAGUCC